AACAUGGCGGACGACGUGACAUUUUGAAAUGCUCUCCAAAAACAAAGGAUUUUUACGCCAAUUUUAGCGCCUCUGCACGUCAUUUCUUUGUGUUUUAAGCUAUAAUGUUCUGCCAGGAGUAUAUUCUCUUUAUUUCGUACACUUUUAUUACUAUUGUGCCAGGCAAAGUGCUUUAAACCUGUAAUGGGAUCAGAGUGUAGUGUGUACAAGGACUACGAGCUUGAAGAACCAUUAGACACGUCCAAUUCAGACUGGAUAUUAUACCCUGCGCACAGUAAAGCUACUAACACUCCUGUUAAGAGGGUGACUAUAUUUGUGCAUGAGAAGAACAAGAAUGAAAGAAAAAAGGGUAAAAGUGGAUUGACAAAUUCUUCACAGUUUUUAAAGGUUCUGCGUCAUCCAGCCAUUCUUAAAUAUUAUGGAUCUUAUGAGAAUUCAGAGGUUGUCAUGGUUACAGAGCCUGUUCAGCCGUUGGAGAAUGUUCUGCAUGAGUUAGAUGUGGACGAGAUUAUAGCUGGGUUGUACAAUAUAGUACAAGCACUGGUUUUCUUACAUGAAAAGGGAGACCUUUCUCAUAAUAAUGUCAGUCUGUCGUCGAUCUAUGUCAGUGAUAAUGAUGGCAGCUGGAAACUCGGAGGAAUGCAAUGUGUUUGCAAGUCAGAGCUUGUCACUAAACAGUUCUUGGAAGAUAUUAAACCACUGAGAGAUAUUAAGGCAGUGGCACCAGAUGAAAAGGAAGACAAAGUGACUCUAACGGCAGAAAACAAGCAUUGCAUUGAUGCAUAUGGAUUUGGGAUGUUGGUUAGUGAUAUACUGGACAGCAGGGAUGAUCUGGGCACAGCAGGUGAUAGGUUUGGUGAGCUGAUGCAAACAUCUUUCCUGAACACAGAACCAAAGAUGCGGCCUGAACUACAAAGUCUUCUAUCAAAUGAUUAUUUCAAAAAUGACUAUUUAGAAGUUGUGACAUUCCUGAGUAACAUUACCAUCAAGAGUGACAUUGAUAAAGACAAGUUCUUUAGUUCAUUGGCAUCAAAGUUGCAGAACAUCUCUCCUAGUGUUAUUGCCAGACGACUCUUGACUAAGCUAAUGUCCAGGUUUGUUAUGGCUGAGCCGAGUGCAGAAAAGGAAUUCUUACCUCAUCUGCUGACCCCUGGCACAGGUAUGAUACAACAUGAAACAGAUAAUAUUUUCCCAGUGCUGCCAUUGGAUCUGUUCAGACAAUACUGCACUCCUAUAUUGAAGAAGCUCUGGGUCAUUAAAGACUUGCAUAUCAGGAUAAUGCUACUCAAGUUUUUCCCACUGUUUUCCAAGGCAUUUGAAGUGGAGGACUUGGAAAAAGUUGUAUUACCCCAGAUUCUAAUUGGUUUACGAGACACAAACGACAGUCUAGUAUCAGCAACAUUCUAUGCACUUGCUACCCUGGUGCCUAUACUGGGAGGAGAAGUGGUCGUUGGUGGAGAAAGACAGAAGUAUUUUAUAGAAGGAAGACCAAAGUUCAGUUUAGGUUCCUCACAACAAGUCGAAGAUCACAGACAAGCAAUCUUUAGUUCGUCAGGAAACCAAAGAAAGAAGUCAAUAACCAGCCCUUUGAACGUGUCACAGGCGCUAAGCAUAGAAAGAAACCUUGAAAAAAUCAAUACAAAUAUCAAGCGUCCCGAGAGAAACGACGAGGAACGACACAAGAGAAAGAUGGAAAUGGAAAAACGAAGAAAUGAAAGAAGAAUAGAAAGGGAGUUGAAGAAAGCUGAAAGAGAAAGAAAAAGGGCAGAGUUGGAUAAGAACGAACAUAAAACGUUACUAGAGAUGGCGAAAGAGCACAGAGGAAGCGCAAAAUUUGAGAGUCAAAUGGAAGGGAAAGUUGAAAGCCAAAAUGAAGGUUUAAAUCAAUCGGGUGUUUCAACAGCCAGUGAAGACUUCGAGGAAUGGGAAGACUUCCAGAUGGGAGAUUCUUCUUCUAAAUCGAAUUCAAGUUCACCAUCGUCUUUCAAAAAAGAUAAAACCUCACCAACUCGUUUCACUCCAACAUCAAUGAAGACCCUCGAACGAUUUGAUUUAACUGACGUGGACUUCACACCAAACCAAGCUCAGGGUUCCUCGAAAAACUUGAGAAGCGAAUUCCAGUCUUCUGAUCUUAUCAGCUGGGAUACCUUCGAAACGGCGCAAAAUCCUACCUCAAGAACAAGUCAACCUAAGUCUGUAGCGACCGGAAAAGCAAUGAAAUUAAACUUAAAGAAAGGAAAUAACACAAAGAUGUCGAAAGCCAAGGCUAAACCUGUGGAUGAUUUAGGGAAGAUGUUCGAGGUGCCUGAUUUCAGCGUGAAGUCGAGCGAACCGGAUUUUUUCUCGGAUAUGCAGCCACAAGUGGAGUUCAAGAGCUAUGAUGGUGGUAUAGGGGGCGGUAAUGUCAAGAGUGCUUAUAGUAAGAAGAUGGAUGUAUCCAGCACUUCACAAGGAGCGCAGGUUGGAGCUGACUGGGAUGUUGAUGAAGACUGGACAGACUUUGAGUGAAAGCCGCCAAAAUGUAUCUUCGCUGAAUUAAGCAUUUAUCUAGAGGAGAUUUCGCUUGAAUACUCCAAACGUUGCAGACUAGACACGCUGUGCUAGGCCGUGGCGUGCAGUGCCGUAGCAUACAGUGGUUGGCUGGAAUUUCUAACUGUAUUCUUUAACGGUUUCUGAGACCCAGACAACUCCAGAAGCGAGAAGUUAUGUCGUGUUUAAGCUUCCAUGGUUCAAGUUUACAGUGCUCUGAGUCAGUAAACUUUUAUUGGUAGCAGAAAGACGAAAAAAGCCUCUGUGUAUCUCUUAGAAAUGCAACGAGAAAUUUUAAACUAGAGUCUGUUUAGUUUCAGUUGUUCAAGUUUGUCAUCUUUUUUUUUUACAGAAAACGCAUUAUUUUUAAUUUUCUUAUUAUUUUUUUCUUUUCAAAACAGAUGCAGUAGAUGUUUUAGUAAAUAUAUUUAAUAAUAUGCGGAAACACAACACUAAAGAUUCUAAAAUGAACAGAGUAGUUAGUUUUAAUUCGUCAUAUUAAAAAUAUAUGAAAAAUAACCAAGAAAAGAGUUGAUAACACCAGAUAUCAUAAUGAUUUAUGUAAAUUUUGCCAUAAAAUUAUGACAAAAACUGAAGUUAGCUAACUAGGAUGUAAGAAAAUAUUUUAAUGUGAAAAUACAAAUAUAUAAUCUUAAUAAUUAUAGAUUGUUAACAUGUAAAUAUUUUAGAGAAGAACAGAGUGAAAAUACAAGCAUUAUCGUAGAUAUUUAUCAUUAUCAAAAGUAAAUGAUUAAAUCUAUCUUGACAAA